AUGAGUAUCAACAGGUGUUCUUAUAAAGAGAAUAAAGAUCCUUGCCACCAUACUCUUCCUUCCAUACUAACUAGACGCAGAGAAGCUGAAGCGUUAGAAAAAGGAGAUUUUCCUAAUGUGGAAGAGAAGGAGCUACUGACUACAUCUUUGUCGCCUUCAGAGAAAGAGUAUGUCCAGUUCACAGUCAGGAGAAAGCGUAAGAAGGAUGCAAGAAGCGGCAGCAUUAGCCCUGAAGGGGGAAGCUCCUCAUCGCAAGAAGACGAGAGCAGAAACAGAAGACAAAAGACUGGAGAGAAAGACAAUGUGUACUUGGACUCCUUCAACACUGAAUCAUCAUCUCGUGAUACUCGUCGUGUUGCUCAGGUCGCUCGUCAG